CAGCGUCUCUCACAAGUGCUGGACCUGCGAUGCAAUUUUUCAAGAUCUCCGCAAUCCUCAAGCUACCAUUGGAUAGGCUACUUGGCUCUUACAUUAAGAGUCUCACGGAUCUCGUAGACCUCCAUCUAGCUGGCUGUGAAAUCUCUGGAUACCCUGGAUACUGAAAUAUUCGACGUCUCAGUUUCCGCGAAAUCUCUGGAGGCCCCUGCGACUAUUAAUAACUUCACCACCCAUGGAAGCUCUCAGCACCUGGCGGAAGGAUUAUGGAUACACAUCUGGUGCUUUUAAAGCUUCCGAAGCUAUCCAUUAUGUGAUUAUUAGCUCAAAGCCACGAAUGAGUUCCAGCUGCUUUUCAUUAACUACCUAUCAAGCCCGUGGUUGGCGUUGCCUCUUAAGAAAUUACGCGGGACAAGCAACUACACUUGCAGAAUAGAAAUUUUACAAACGAUGAUAGAUUGCUCGCUGGACGUUAUCCCGAUGGCUAAUCUAAAUGAAUGCACAUACGUACGCGCGCAUUGGCUACGAAAUUUUUGCAUGUUACUAGCUUCGAAUGGUCCGCGAUGUGAAGACGCAAACGUGGAGCAAAAAACCUUCGGGGACAGGUUGUUCGGUUGUUAAACAGCCGGUGCCUCUCCGCGACAGAAAAUUUGAUGAGGGUCCGACCGAAAACAAAAGAAAUACGUAUUUACACAGGGGCAAUCGUCCCGGGACGAUAAAACCUCUCCACCGGUAUCUCUUUCUUGCCCCAGCCUUCAGGAAAAUGUGCUCGUUUGUUCGCGACCCCUCAUUCACGUGCUCCUGGCACGAUUGGCUGCUCGUCCGUCGAACAUGUCAAGGGAAACGUGAUCUUUGCCAAGGGGAAGCUUUGUUCUCCGAUUUAGAAGAAAUAUCGCCUAUAAAUUGGCCGAGAAAUGAUCUCGUCUAGCAGCAAUCAAGAUGCCUUCGAAGCAAUCAUUUUCCACGAGACGUUGAAAGAGGACUAUUGAUCGGAGCAAUGGAACGUCUUUCCCGGAGCGCUGUUUUGCAUCCAAGGACUCGCGAUGAUGGAUACGUGAAACUUUAAGUGUGAAAAGUGAUCGAGAGAAACAGUGAUAUCAUCGAACUCGUGGACAAAUCCGUAUAUAAGAAUGUGUCGAAGUUCGCGGAAAAUCUCCAGCCGAAAAGAACGGAGAGGAUCGUUGAAAUCGGCGAGGUGAUCGCGUAGAACUCGUAGAAUGUCUUCCUGAAGAGAACGAGCAAUCACAAUAGACGAAGAUGUGCUGCUCGGGUGGCCCUGGUGGCAUCAGACUAACCAGGUGUGGCGUGAUUUGCGGAAUCGCGGCGCUCGCUGCUCUCAGUACCGCGCUUUUGGGCCCUGCUUGGCUUCACACCGAGGAAAAAUUGAAUCCAUCCUAUCUGCCGCGUAAUUUCGCCAAUCUCGUGAGCGUGCAGUUCAAAUUGGGCCUGUUCAGGGUCUGUCCGAAAAUCGUGAAGCCUGCCAACUUUACAGCCCAUAUUACUACACCGCCCUGUACGUACGUGAGAUACAGUAGCCUGGAGGAUGUGAGGCCGCAGGAGCUGGGAUUCCAUCAACUGGAGUUCACCCCCACCGUCGUAUCGAAAAUAAGGAUCUCAGCGCCGUUUCAAGUGGCCGCCGUAAUUUUGGUCCUGGCCGCUACAAUUUCGGCUUUAAUUGGACAUUGUUAUUCGGAUCACAGAACUCUGGUCGCCUGUGGAUUAUUUCUUCUCAGUGAGGAUAAAAUUUCGCCUGUAUCGUCUGCGUAACACACGGAAGCCCGAUCAUUUUACCAAGACACGUGAAGGGAUGAAAUUUCCAAUCGGACGUGAUCAAAAAUAUCGGGUCGAUCGAUCGGAAGGAUAGUGAAAAAACAACGAGAGCCAUCGAGGGAGUUUCCAACUGCGGGGCAAAUGCGUCCGGGAGGGGGUGUGCGUGAACGCAAAACGGAAGGGACGGAUGAAAAUCGAGCAAAAGUGCAUAUCCUGGGGAAGCUUCUGGAUGGAGUAGAUCGAUUAAAAAUUGCUCG